AUGGAUGAACAGAGUGUGGAGAGCAUUGCUGAGGUUUUCCGAUGUUUCAUUUGUAUGGAGAAGUUGCGGGACGCGCGCUUGUGUCCUCAUUGCUCCAAGCUUUGUUGUUUCAGCUGUAUUAGGCGCUGGCUGACAGAGCAAAGAGCCCAAUGUCCUCAUUGCCGUGCUCCACUCCAGUUACGAGAACUAGUCAACUGUCGUUGGGCAGAAGAAGUAACACAGCAACUUGAUACUCUUCAACUCUGCAGUCUCACCAAACAUGAAGAAAAUGAAAAGGACAAGUGUGAGAAUCACCAUGAAAAACUUAGUGUAUUUUGCUGGACUUGUAAGAAGUGUAUCUGCCACCAGUGUGCACUUUGGGGAGGAAUGCAUAGUGGACAUACCUUUAAACCUUUGGCGGAAAUUUAUGAGCAGCAUGUUACUAAAGUGAAUGAAGAAGUAGCCAAACUUCGUCGACGUCUCAUGGAACUUAUCAGCUUAGUUCAAGAAGUGGAAAGAAAUGUAGAAGCUGUAAGAAAUGCAAAAGAUGAGCGUGUUCGGGAGAUUAGGAAUGCAGUGGAGAUGAUGAUAGCACGAUUAGACACCCAGCUGAAGAAUAAGCUAAUAACAUUGAUGGGUCAGAAGACAUCUCUGACUCAAGAAACAGAACUAUUGGAAUCCUUAGUUCAGGAAGUAGAGCAUCAGUUGCGGUCUUGUAGUAAGAGUGAAUUGAUAUCUAAGAGCUCAGAGAUCCUCAUGAUGUUUCAGCAAGUUCAUCGAAAGCCUAUGGCAUCCUUUGUUACCACUCCUGUUCCACCAGACUUUACGAGUGAACUGGUACCAUCUUAUGAUUCAGCUACUUUUGUUUUAGAGAAUUUCAGUACUUUGCGCCAGAGAGCAGAUCCUGUUUACAGUCCACCUCUUCAAGUUUCAGGACUUUGUUGGAGGUUAAAAGUUUACCCAGAUGGAAAUGGAGUUGUUCGUGGUUACUACUUAUCUGUGUUUCUGGAACUUUCAGCUGGCUUGCCAGAAACUUCCAAAUAUGAAUAUCGUGUAGAGAUGGUUCAUCAAUCCUGCAAUGAUCCUACCAAAAAUAUCAUUCGAGAAUUUGCAUCUGACUUUGAAGUUGGAGAAUGCUGGGGUUAUAAUAGAUUUUUCCGUUUGGACUUACUUGCAAAUGAAGGAUACUUGAAUCGACAGAAUGAUACAGUGAUUUUAAGGUUUCAGGUUCGUUCACCAACUUUCUUUCAAAAAUGCCGGGACCAGCAUUGGUAUAUCACUCAAUUGGAAGCUGCACAAACUAGCUAUAUCCAACAGAUAAAUAACCUUAAAGAGAGACUUACUAUUGAGUUGUCUCGAACUCAGAAAUCAAGAGAUUUGUCACCACCAGAUAAUCAUCUUAGCCCCCAAAAUGAUGACACUGCUGAGACACGAGCUAAGAAGUCUGGAUCAUGCGCUGACGUGCUUCUCCAGGAUGGUCCUCCUGCAGCUUCUGUACGAGACGUGAAGGAGGAUGAAGAGGAUGAGGAGAAGAUUCAGAAUGAAGAUUAUCACCAGGAUCUUUCAGAUGGAGAUCUGGAUCUGGAUCUUGUUGGUGAAGAUGAAGCAAAUCACCUCGAUGGCAGCAGUUCUUCUGCCAGUUCCACAGCAACGAGUAACACAGAAGAAAAUGACAUUGACGAAGAAACGAUGUCUGGAGAGAAUGAUGUGGAAUACAACAACAUGGAGUUGGAAGAGGGAGAACUCAUGGAAGAUGCAGCUGCAGCAGGACCUCCAGGUGGUAACCAUGGCUAUGUGGGUGCCAGUAGCAGAAUGUCAAGAAGAGCACACUUGUGCUCUGCUGCUACCAGUAGUUUAUUAGACAUCGAUCCUUUAAUUUUAAUACAUCUCUUGGACCUUAAGGACCGGAGCAGUAUGGAAAAUUUGUGGGGCUUACAGCCUCGGCCCCCUGCUUCACUUCAGCCCACAGCAUCGUAUUCUCGAAAAGAUAAAGACCAACGGAAGCAGCAGGCAAUGUGGCGAGUUCCCUCUGAUUUAAAGAUGCUAAAAAGACUCAAAACUCAAAUGGCUGAAGUUCGAUGUAUGAAAACUGAUGUAAAGAACACACUUUCAGAAAUAAAAAGCAACAAUGCUGCUUCUGGAGACAUGCCUACAAGCCUCCUUUCUGCUGACCAGGCAGCUCUGGCCGCAUGUGGGACUGAAAACUCCAGCAGAUUACAGGAAUUGGGAAUGGAGCUCUUGGCAAAGUCAUCAGUUGCCAGUUGUUACAUACGAAACUCCACAAAUAAGAAGAGUCAUUCGCCCAAGCCUGCUCGGUCCAGUAUAGCAGGUAGUCUGUCUCUUCGAAGAGCAGUAGACUCUGGGGAAAAUAGCCGUUCCAAGGGAGACUGCCAGACUCUAUCUGAAGUCUCCCCAGGAAGCUCUCAGUCUGGGAGCAGGCACAGUUCUCCCCGAGCCUUGACCCAUGUCAGUAUCAGUGACAUUCUGCCGAAAUCUGAAGAUCGGCAGUGUCAAGCUUUGGAUUCAGAUGCUGUUUUGGUUGCAGUUUUCAAUGGUGUACCUGUUGUUGAAAAAAGAAGAAAAAUGGUCACCUUGGGGACUAAUGCUAAAGGAAGUCAUCUGGAAGGAAUGCAAAUGACUGAUGUGGAAAAUAACUCAGAAACUGGGGAGUUACAACCUGUUCUACCUGAAGGAGCUUCAGCUGCCCCAGAGGACGGAAUGAGCAGCGACAGCGACAUCGAAUGUGACACGGAGAACGAGGAGCAGGAGGAGCGCGCCGGCCUGGGCGGGUUUAGCGACCCCUUCAUGGCGCAGCCCCCAGACGAAGAUACACAUUCCAGUUUUCCUGAUGGUGAACAAAUAGGCCCUGAAGAUCUCAGCUUCAGUACUGAUGAAAACAGCGGAAGAUAA